AUGAGUACCAAUGAUUCUGAACACGUUAGCACAAGUCCAGAGGACGUUCAGGAGAACAGUGGGAAUGCGAACUCGAGCAGCAGCCUGCAACAGGUUUUCACAUUAAGAGAGCAGGACAGAUGGCUGCCCAUCAACAACGUAGCACGACUCAUGAAGAAUACACUGCCAUCAAGUGCCAAGGUAUCGAAGGAUGCCAAGGAGUGCAUGCAGGAGUGUGUCAGUGAGCUCAUUUCCUUUGUGACCAGCGAGGCAAGUGAUCGAUGUGCUGCAGACAAAAGAAAGACGAUAAACGGGGAAGACAUCUUGAUAUCUUUGCAUGCCUUAGGUUUCGAAAACUAUGCAGAGGUGUUGAAAAUCUACCUGGCUAAGUAUAGACAGCAGCAGGCAUUGAAAAAUCAAUUGCUGUACGAGCAGGAGGAUGAAGAGGUGCCUUGA